GGAGUCGGCGGUAAGAAAGAAAUAACAAAAAGGAAAGAAAAAGAAGGAAAGAAAGGAAGGACUAAAAAAGAAAGACAACGAAGAAAAAGAAUAACAUUAGUGAUGAAAAGAACAAGAAAAAAACAUCAAACAGUGAGAACAAGAACAAGAAACGAAGUAAUAAAAAAAGAAAGUAAAGAAACAAAUAAGAAAAAAGAAAGCAAAACAGGAGAAUGUAAAGAAUGAUAUAAAAGAAACAUGCAGAAAGAAAAUGCUAAGGAACAAAAAAAUAACCCGAAGAAACAAGAAAACAGCAAACCCAACAUAACCUGACGCUGAGGAAGGAAUUAAUGCGCGAAUCUUUUUUUCUUCCUCGGCGUCUUCGCGGAAACACUCCCUCGUACCCACACCACAGCCUGCUCGGGGGCGUGGUCGGCGGGGGAGGGGGCGUGGCGAGGCAGGGGCGUGUGGGCGUGGCUUGGGCGUCGUGGGGGGUGUGGGCGAGAAGUGUGGCGUGGGAGGCGCGUGUAUAAGACUGAGAGGCGUGAGCGUUGGCCGUCGACUCCCAGUUAGGCCGGCGUCAUGAGGGCAGCAACCCCGAGUGCCAGCCUGCUCGUGGUGCCCCUCCUGCUCUCCUGCUGCCUCACCCUGGCCCUCCUGCCCCUCACCGUCGCGGCACCGCAUCACCACGACCCCCGCGGCCCUUACUCCUUCCGUAGGCUGCUGCCGGCGCGCCCCCCUUACCCUCAGCAGGGAUUCUUCUACCCCAGUGAAGUCCAGCCUGACCACAGUGCAGAAGUGAAGGGGGAGAGGAGAGCAGAGGAAGGCUACCUGGAGAGUAAGAUUCUAGAGCUCUUCCAGCGUUACCUCCACCUCUCCCACCGCCCCUCCACCUUCCCCUCCACUCACUACGACGACGACCAGCCCCUCCUCCAGGCCCUCCCGCCCUCCCACAGCCACGCCGCCAGCACCGCCUACAUCAAGAGGAGUGGUCCUGAGGGUAAGUAUGAAGCGCCGGUCAUGAGCGGCGAGGCACGUGCAUCACCGUAG